UAGUGAUAAUUAAAUUAAGCACACUUGUCGUCUGUCGAUUGUUAAAAAAACUUGUGUGCUACGUAGUAUCUGUAAUUUAGAGGUAAUUGUGUACAAAGGAUCGAAAAUACGGGAUUGCUGACCUUGCGUUUCUGUUGUCUUGACUUAGGAAGCUUAAUAUACAUUCUGCGCGAUGGAUGCCAGUAUUCUCGCAACCAUGGACAAAGAGGCACUGAAAAAGCAGAUCGAAAAUAUGAAGUACCAGGCCUCCAUGGAACGCUGGCCGCUAUCGAAAAGCAUUGCUGCGAUGCGGGAGUACGUAGAGGAAAAUGAAAAGAACGAUCCUCUCAUACACGCCCCGGACAAGAAAAACAACCCUUGGGCUGAGAAAGGAAAAUGUAUCAUCAUGUAAAAAUCCAUAAAAGCAAAUAUAAGUAAAAACAAAUAAAUUCUAAAUCAUACUGUUUGGCACCUAUUCGAACAACGCGUCUGGUAAUAUAAAAUUGUCAUCGAAAAGUGACACUUGUAGCAUCUAAUCCGCAAGAACUCCGAAUAAAACGCGAUAUAUAAAUCAAUUUAUAUAAACCAGCAUGAAGAAAUAUAAAUGAUAUCCAAUCUAUGAAACUGCCAGACAAUAUACGGUUAAAUAGAAACGUAGUGGAUGAGUCCAACGGUCAACGUAGAAUACCUAAGAUAAGCAUCAUCUGAUCAUUAUGUUCACCAGUAUAAUCUAGUCCUUAUUCUAUAAUGUAAAGAAUGUACAUUUUGACUGUGCGCGACGCAAGAAUGUACUUAUGAGUGUUUUUAAACGGAUUAAAAUGAUUGUAAAUACGUUAAAUUUUGUAUUUCUAGAGAUAGAAAGUUUGGUAAAGCCGAAUAGAAGGGAACGAUCAACGUUGGAUGCGUAAAUUGUAAAUUUUAUUAUAACGUAUAUUGACAACCAAUGUUUUAUGUUACGAGAUGAGAUUUUAAUUUAAACAGCGUGGAAGCUUCGAGAACGUACGAAUAAACUUUUGUUGAAUUGACCUUCCAAGAAUCCAUUCCUCUUCACGCAAACAGCAACUUCCUCUAUGAAAUUUGCGUGCAAUCGUUAUGGAUUCUAGUCCGAACUAACUUAGUUGGAACUCGAUUGUAAAACUUCGCUCAGUUCGAAACUAUUGUAUUUUUAUCGUCUCCACUAGAAACUUUGCCACCGCAACUAAAUAGGAGAGUAAAAUUAAAUGUGAAGAUUCAUUGAGCUCAUGAAUCUUUGUAUUUAAAAGACAUUGUUUUUUUGAAUAAUUAUUCAUUUAAUAUAUAUAGGGUAUAAUCGCACAUCACAACUUACCAUCUAUUUGCCUAAUCACGGAAUUAAGCAAGCUGUUGAGGAAUUUAAAGUAGAUAUCGGCAAUAAAUACGAAGUAGAAGAGGUGUUAAAUGAGGAAAUGUUAAACGUAGUCGAGUUAAAUAUUAAACUUAAGGUAACUCAUAAAUAAAUGCGACAUAAUCUUAAUCAAAUCAGUCUAAUUAUAAGCCGACUUAGGAUAAUUUUUUAUGAAGACAGGUACAUUCCGCAGUGCCAUUAUCUAGUAAAGCUUCUAAUUCUCUUAGCGAUCUAUCUUCUAUGCUCCUAUAUUUCUAUAUAUAUCCUUAAUCUUAUGGCCGUUCAAUUCGACCUAAUUUACCAUUUCAUAUGAUUUGAAAUCAGUUCUAUCCCAAACAUUAAAAUUUAGAUGUUAAAAACUACUAUCAAAUACAAUUUUAAAUCUAGCACUUGAUUAGUAUAGAGUUAAUUCAAAAUUUAAAUCGAAAUAAAUUACCUAAGUCACGCGUUUCACUAAAAUGAGCUAUCGUAGUUUCCAAAAUAAACUUCUUCUAAAUUAUAUCUAAGAUAAAUCGGAUUUGAUGCUCUCGUAAUUUUUUGAUCACUCGUGACUGAAUGCACACCAGAUAUCAAAAAAUUUGGAGCAAUUAUUUCAAGUAGAAGUAAUGUAACAUUCCAUUAAAAGGAUUACAAUCCUAUCUUUAAUUAAAUAGAGAAUGCAUAAACUUACGCACUGUAGGUAAAUUAGAUUAAAGUUAAAAUGUAACCUUUAAAACUUAUAUAAUAAAAAAUACCUUCCUCCCUACCAUAUCUAGACAUGAACUAUGAAAAAUCAUUCUGGCUGUGAGUAAUAUCCAUUUGUUUAGAUGCUUCAUCAUUAGAGUCAGAAUAAAUUUUGCUAAUACCGACAAUAAAUAUUUAAUCAUUAAUUAUUGUUUAGAUGUUUGCAUCACGAGGAACCCGAGUCAAUUCUUUAUACGUACGCAUUCCGUAGACCAUCUUAUGUAUCUGAUUGCAUUCUUCUCUUCUCUAUGUUUGCAUUUCAUCUGUCCUUCUAGCUCCAUAAUGAUAAGCUUAGAAGUUUAGAGUUAUUCGUAGCUGUAACUAUAAUUAAUAUAAGAAAUGAAUCAAAGUUGUUUGUUAACUUAUACGAUAAAGGUUGCAAUUCAGAGAAUUAGCCGUAGACAUAAUUAAAAUGAAAUAAAACGCGUUCGUUUAAAAUGUAUUUCAUAAAUUUAGGGGAUUUCGCGAGAGCGGUGACAAAGUUUCCAAUUACGUUAUUUAUUUUUGUUUCAAUCGAGACGUUUUCAAGGCUUCCAGCUUUAUUUAUGUUGUUAAUUUAUCUUGAAUUGUGUUUAAAUCCUGUUUUAUUUAGUUAAGUUUGAUGAUACCAAAGAUUCGUCGUGAGUUUUGAGGGGUACUGUCUGUCCCUAAUAGCCAAGCGUCAUGAGGACGACUUCAAUUUCCAUUUAACUACUUAUAAUGAAUAACUCAGUCAGUAAUUUUAACGGAUUAUUCAAAAAUUUAAUAACUAGGUAAGGUGAUAUUGGAAAUGAUUUUUUUAGAAUCAAUAGACUAAGGUAUUAUAUGUUAUUAAUAUUAUGUAAUCAGUAAUCACUGAAAUAUAAUAAAAACUGCA